AUAAAAAUCAUCAGUCGAAAAUUACGGACAGCUCAAUUUCUUCAUACAGAAAGCAAUUGAAACAACCGGCAUUUCCGGUUCUCGGUUACUGAACAUUAAAGUGAGUCUUUUUUGAAGUGCAGUUUUUUGAGUAGAGAGUUUGAAAGAGGCUGAGAGAGUUGUGGAUUUUGGGCUGCUGCCUCCAACGGAAAUCUUCUUCCUCAUCGCCUCUUCUCCUCUCUCACCGUCUCCCUCCAAUCCCAGGAAUUACUAUGUCCCCUCGACUUUCGGUGGAUUGAUGUUUGAAGGAGAAGGAAUCUUGCAUUGACCUGAGCGGGAUUGGUGGAUGUGUUUAUUCAAAUUGGGGAAGAAAGAAUUUGAUGGUUGUUUAGAAGUUGUAGAAAAGCAUGAUUGGAGGAGUUUCGGUUGGUGAUCUUUGCUGGAAUAGUUGUGUUUUGACGCGGAAUUAACAGAGAUGGGUAGUAGGGAGAUGACUCUGACUCAUCCUUUUAAAUGUUAUAAAUCUUCGGAUAUGAGCAAAACGAUCUUGAAUUUGAGCCAGAUCGGUAAUUUUAGGGAGCGGUAUGUGCUUGGAGAUCAGUUAGGAUGGGGAAGAUUUGGAAUUAUAAGAGAAUGUUCUGAUAAGUUGACAGGCGAAGUUUUGGCUUGCAAGUCUAUUGCUAAGGAGAGAUUGGUUACGGAGGAUGAUGUUUGGAGUGUGAAGCUUGAGAUUGAUAUCUUGACUAAGUUAUCGGGGCAUGAAAAUGUUGUGGAUCUCAAGGCUGUCUAUGAGGAGGAGGAUUACGUGCAUCUUCUGAUGGAGCUAUGUGCUGGUGGGGAGCUUUUCCAUCGGAUCGAGCAGCAGGGGAGAUUGUCAGAGCACGAAGCACAUGUUAUCUUCAAGCAGCUGAUGGAAGUACUCAUGUAUUGUCACGAUAAAUGCAUUGUACAUAGAGAUUUGAAACCCGAGAAUAUCCUCUUAGUCUCGAGGUCUUCCUCAACUAUCAAAUUGGCUGACUUUGGCCUUGCAACACAUAUCGAACCCGGAAACGCACUGCAUGGGACCGUUGGAAGUCCAUUUUACAUAGCUCCGGAGGUUUUGGCCGGAGAUUAUAAUCAAGCAGCUGAUGUGUGGAGUGCUGGUGUUAUUCUAUACAUUCUGCUCAGUGGGAUCCCUCCCUUUUGGGGGAAAACCAAAUCAACCAUCUUCGAUGCUGUGCGGGCUGCAAACUUGUGUUUCUAUUCGGAUAUUUGGGAUCACAUUUCGAUGUCAGCUAAGGACUUGAUUUCAGGAAUGCUGUGUCUUGAUCCUUCGAAGAGAUUAACUGCAGCUCAAGUUCUGGAGCACUCGUGGACAAAGGACGCUCCUCGGGGUGCUGAUGAACUAUACAGACAAGAUAUUCAGUGUUCUGAACAACUAGAAGUGGGCAGCUCUUCUUUCUCGAACCUUAAUAUUGCAAGGGAUCAGGAUCUUAGUUUCCGCAGCGGAUCACCACUAAUUGUGAACAGUGAACACGAAGAUUCUCCUGUUUUCUCAUGCCAAUCAUCAUUCUAUUCGAGCCCAAUGAACCAGCGCACACCUUCCUCCAAACCAGGAGGUGUUCGUUCUGGUAGCUGCUGUAAAUCACACGAACCAGAGUUCUCGUCUCCAAUUGCUUCAAUGCCCAGUUUUACCUUUUUCACUCCUAUGCCUGCAUUUGAACCAAGCGAAGAAUCACUGAGUUUCAAGACUAAAGUUCUUUCAAUUGAUAGAGAACCAAAUAUUAGAAAGCUUAUCCUAGUGGCGGAUGAAGCGGAGCAGAAGUCAGAAGUUCGUAGGGGAGGAUGGGCGGGGAUUUCAAAAUGCACAAACUUGCAGAGCAAGAGGAACAACACAAUCGGAGUUGGUGAGCUCGACCAUCUGGAUCUCAUCUCCACAGCUGCUUCAGUUAGCCGUUGGGCGUCGUGCACGGAGAUUCCGAGUGCAACGUCGCUGCGAUCUUCACUUGUUUGCUAGCGAAGAGAAAACUAGGAAUGUAUUCUUGUUAAAUUAAACUCAAUUAUUCUGAGGUGAUUAGAGGAAUCAUGUAUGACUCUGUGGACUGCAGCUGAUAGGAGUGGACAGAGUGUAUAUAUGCUAUAGAGACAUUAACAUUAGUCAAUGUUUGUUUCUCUUCAAAA